GUGAGACUGGCUUUAGGAAUCCAGCUUGACCAGUCCCUUCGCUGACUUUUCCAUACGCUCAGCGUCAGCAACAGCGACUACCUCCCUUCCGGCUUGACGCUCCCUUCGCCAAGUUCCGGCGAUCUCGAGACACCUAUCACUCUGACAGCUGGAGGAGGGAUCAGCGAGAUCGAAACGUCUACUUCGUCCGAUCCUCCUCCACCUCCAGUCACGUCCACUAAGUCUGAUCCUCCGCCUAGGCCUUCGACUUCCUCCGCUGCACCCCCACCCCCACGUCCACCACCAGCUUCUUCGUCUUCAGCACGAAGGAGCAACAUUGGAGUUAUCGAAGUGCCCUCGUCCACUUCGUCGGAUGAACCUAUUCCGACCUCUUCACAGGCACCUUCUACACUCAUUCUAACCAAAACGGUCAUCAAGACAUCUGCGAUCACUCUGAUACAAGGUUCCGAGUCAACCUCUGGUCAAGGACAAGGGUCCAAAUCGAUGUCAGCCAGUACAUUCACAUCGGCCGAGACCUCAGCUGUGGAUCAGACCUCGAGAGUGAUCUCCACCUCCACCUCCGAUGCAGACGUCAGCAUCAGUAAAAGCAGAGCCCAGAGCAGGGGCAGCAUCACCAGCAUCAGUACAAGCGUUCAGCCCAGCAUCAGUACCCAGCGCCACAGCAUCGGUACAAGUGCUCAUGCUCAGCCAAGCAACAGUACCAGUCACCAUAGCAGCAUGAGUUUUGCUCCCUCGUCAUCGACAAACGAUCCAAAUGUCAGCAUCCCACCAUCUACUUCAUCGAUCUCCUCAAGCGAAUCCAGAGAUCGCAAUAGUGGUCCCCAUCUCAGCUUCUCAACCUUUGUGUGGGGCAACUUUUUCAACCAUCAUCUUUCUGACUCUCAACGACACGCUGUCGCUUCCUCCACCACGUCAAGGACCGAGUCAGAAGAUUGUGAUUGUGAAGACACCACUUCGGCCACCUCUACCUCUGCCAGCGGCGUAUGGAUCUCAAAGCCGGUCGAGUCCAGUACCACUUCUUGGAGUCGACAAGCUCCGGCAUCAUCCAGUGCAGCACCACCUCCAUCGUCCAGGCAAUCGUUCUCAGCACCACCUACGAGUUCCGCUGCUCCACCGCCCCCACCACCGCCUCCACCGCCGCCGACACCAAGCACAUCUCAGCACACGGUGCAGACCAGCACGUCGACCUGGAGUCAGCAAAGCACCACAUCUUCAUCCGCACAGCUUUCCACAACCACGAUCACGGACACCUUUGUAUUUACCGACGGCUCAACAACUAUCGGACAAUUCAACCCUACCGGUAGUGUACCUGGGGGAGGUGGUAGUGGAGGAAGCAACGACAACAAUGGUGGCUUGGACCUUCUUGGCUUGCUCAUGGCGCCACCGAAGGAGUAUCCAACAAAGCCGAUCGAAUCAGAUCCUUCAUACCCAACAGCACAGCCAGCAGAGGACGUCGUCCACUCGACUUCCUCAUUGAGUCUGAGGCCUUCUACAAGUUCGGAGGGAAAUGAAAUCGACCCACAAUCGUCCUUGACUCCUGAAUUCCCAAAGACCACUUCGGACACGAUAGCUGUUCAGACUGAGCAAAUCGACCCUUCCGAGUCAAUCGCCACUUGGAUCGUGGCACUAUUACGAGGCGCUCGUUCUGAGAACCCAGGCGUCGCCGGCAUUGACGAUGCAAGACUGAUGCGCCGCUUCUGGCCAGGUGGCAGGGGCGGAGGACGGGUAUUCGGCGGAGAACAAAGACCUGCCGAUCAGGCAUCUGUCGAUUCAUACCGUCCAAAUUCUGAGCCGGAGAAUUCUGAAGGUCAGGAAUCAGGCUAUGGACCGGGCGAAAAGCCAUUCAAACAGCAAGAGAGGAAGAAAUGUCCAAGGAGGCGGAGCAGGGAGACCAGAGAGGAGGACGUCAAACGCUUGUGUGUGCGGGGCAUGUAGCGAGCAUUCGGAUUAUGAGUACAAAAUACCUUGUGGCCAUACAUAUACAUACAAU